AUGGCAUUUCGUAGACCCCGACCCCCCAAUCUAACAGCUCAUAGAUUAUCUACAGAUAAAGAACUCGAGCUGGAACAAAUUAACCAAGAACUCCAGGAGAUAUUGCAAUCAGAGGUAGCCAUCAACAAAUCGAAUGAAAAAUAUAUAAAGGAUCUGGAACGUAAAUAUAUCAGAUGUGAGAAUGAAAUCCAAUCUCUCAAGAAAGAACUGGAACGGCUUGAAAAUGUUUCAGGGCGGAAUAUCGAUAAUAUAGAGAAACAAUUACAAGAAUUAGAAGAGCGGAUUCAAAAUCUAAGGCAUAGAUUCAAAGGGUUAAAUCGACUCGAAAAUCAUUUUAGAGGUGGUACACCAUUAAUCAAUCCUAUCAGAAUUAUCGAAGGAAUUCAUGGCACUUUAAAUACUAUUCGGGCUAAUUAUCAAAGAAUAGAUCGGGAUUUAGAUGAUAUUGCAAAUCAACGAGAUGAUAGAGAUAAUCAGAUAGAUCAAGUCAAGCAGAUUACCCAAGAACGAGAUAACUUACAGAACCAAGUUAAUCAAAUUAUCCAAGAACGACAUAACUUACGAAAUCAAGUUAAUCGUCUUACUCAAGAACGUGACAAUUCUCAGAAUGAUCUUACUUUAAUGACAACAGCUUAUAAUAAUGAACAGGAGGAACGUCGUCGCUGGUGGGGGGUUGCUCAGAAAUUGGAAACAGGAAUGCAAACACGUAUUGAUGCUUUAUUACUUGAUAAGUUUGCACUUAAUUUUAAACUCAGGAGUCGCAAUAAUAAUGAUAGGGUUUUCCUACAAUUUUGGUAUGAUCGUGUUGUUCCAAG